AUGAGGCUGCUCAAGACGGUUCUCCUGUCGCUCCUGACGCUAGCGCAGGUUGCGCUAUGCGCGGAGGACUACUACAAGGUCCUCGGCGUCGAUAAGCAAGCGAGCGAGCGCCAGAUCAAGUCGGCCUACCGCCAACUCAGCAAGAAAUACCACCCCGACAAGAACCCCAACGACCCAUCCGCCCACGACAAAUUCGUCCAAGUAUCCGAAGCCUACGAAGCCCUCUCCGACGCCGAAUCCCGCCAAAUCUACGACCAAUACGGCCACGAAGGGCUCAAACAACGCCAACAACAAGGCGGCGGCGGCGGCGGGCACGACCCCUUCGACCUCUUCGGCCGCUUCUUCGGCGGCGGCGGCCACUUCGGCAACCAGCCCGGCCAGCGCCGUGGCCACAACGUCGAAGUCAAAGUCCCCAUCUCCCUGCGCGACUUCUACAAUGGCCGCACCACCGAGUUCCAAUGGAACAAGCAGGAAAUCUGCGAAGUUUGCGAAGGUACCGGUGCCGCCGACCGUGUCGUGCAUACCUGCCAGGCCUGUGCCGGCCGCGGCGUCCGCACUGUGCGUCAGCAGCUUGCCCCAGGCAUGGUGACCCAAGUCCAAAUGCAAUGUGACGCCUGUGGCGGGCGGGGGAAGGCCAUCAAGCACCGGUGCAGUGCUUGCGGCGGCGAGCGCGUGGUGCGGAAAGCCACCACCGUAUCCCUCACCAUCCAGCGGGGCAUGGCAGAUGGGACGCGUAUCGCGUACGAGAAUGAAGCCGACGCCAGUCCGGAUUAUGUCGCCGGCGACCUGAUCGUGACGUUACUCGAGAAGGAACACCCAGACCUCGAAAGCGAGGAGGACAACCCGGACCGCGUCGACGGGGUAUUCUUCCGCCGCGCCGGCGAUGACCUCCUCUGGCGCGAGGUCCUUUCCCUUCGCGAAGCGCUCCUCGGCGACUGGACGCGCAACCUCACCCAUCUCGACGGCCACGUGGUGCGGUUAUCCCGUCCCCGCGGGCAGGUGAUCCAGCCGCACCAUGUUGAGACGGUGGUCGGGGAGGGUAUGCCGAAGUGGCAUGAGGACGGGGACAGUGUGUACCAUAAGACGGAGUAUGGGAAUUUGUUCGUGGAGUAUGUGGUUGUGUUGCCAGAUCAGAUGGAGAGUGGGAUGGAGAAGGAGCUGUGGGCGUUGUUUGAGAAGUGGCGGGCGAAGAAGGGGGUGGAUUUGCAUGAGGAUAGUGGAAGGCCGGAGAAGCCGGUGAUGAGGGAUCAGGAGCAUGAUGAGUUAUAG